UUUCUUUAUUAAUUGUCAAAAUUAAUUGUACUGUAUGUUUCAUCAUGUAAUAAGGCUAAAACUACACAUUAUAAAUAAUCAAGUAAAUACUAUAAUUUAACUUAUCUCAAAGAACAGAAAAAUGGUAAUGCCAGUAAUAAUUCGCAUACUUGUAACAAUAAGUAUUCUUGGAGGAGUCAUCGUUUUAGCUGACAUAGUAGAACAUCUUCAAAAACAUUCUGAAAAUAGUGAUUGUAGCCAAGUUUUAAAAGAAUUUGUCAGAGAAGAAUUUUACAAGUACGAAAGAAUUUUACCUGAAUUUGAUAAAACAUUUUUUCACUAAUUAUGUUCCUGCAGUUUUUUGUUAAAGGUAGUAUUUUUCUACUUUCAAGGUCAUAAAUUAAAACGAAUUAUGAACACUUUAGAGGAUACAAAACUUCAUUAUGAAAAUUGUCCAGAAAAAGAUUUUUAUCCUGAAGUUACUUCUAAACUAUACAAAAAGAUUGGAAAAAAGUACACUAUCAUAUUUUUUAUGAUGGCUCACGCAACUCUGACAUCAUCGUACCUACCACCCUUUCUUGCUACCCUACGCUCUGAAGAAAACAAUCCAGAAAGAAUGCUGCCUGACAGGCUUCCAUAUUAUAGCUGGAUGCCUUUUAGAUUUGAUACAGCUGGUACCUAUUUAAUAGCCCUUGGAUAUCAGGCUAUACCUAUGUUUUCGUAUGCUUAUAGCAUUGUUGGAAUGGACACAUUAUUCAUGAAUAUAAUGAACUGCGUGGGAAUGAAUCUUGAGAUUAUCCAAGGCGCAUUCCUUUCCAUUCUUCCAAGAGCGGAGAAAAAAACAGACGGUCCAUUGUUAACGACGGACGGGCUAUACAACACCGAAGAACUAACUGUUACUUUAAGAGCGGAAAUGAAGAAGAUAUCGCAGCAUUUACAAGUUGUUUAUAAAGUUUGCGAGGACCUAGAAGAUAUUCAUAAAUAUUUAACCCUUGCACAAGCUACAGCGACGUUAUUUAUUCUUUGUUCUUGUUUAUAUUUAGUAUCAAUGACGCCUUUUGGGAGUAAACAGUUUUUAGCAGAAAUCGUAUAUAUGAUUGCCAUGGGUUUUCAGCUAGCAUUAUAUUGUUGGUUUGGUAAUGAAGUGACACUAAAGGCUGACAAAAUGCCCUUUUAUAUCUGGCAAUGUGAUUGGUUAACUGCAGAUAAAGAAUUUAAAAUGUCUAUGAUCCUUAGCAUGGCCAGGGCCAAAAGACCGCUCUAUUUGACGGCGGGAAAAUUUGCACCACUUACUCUACCAACAUUUGUAGCGAUUGUAAAAGCGUCCUAUUCAUUCUUUGCUGUUAUUAAAAAUACAAGUGAUUAA